AAUCAUAGCAUACUUUCUGGUAAAGACCGCAAGUGAGUGUAAUAUUUGUCCGAACGAUACGAAAUUUGGUACGUGGGUGGAAAUUUAAAAAGCAGAUCUAAAUGGUCAAUCUUUUAGAAUCUAGCAGCCUCCCUGGUUUUCUCUUCAGUUUUCAGCUGGGCGAUAAACGGUACAAUCGGAUCAGCUGAUUUGCAGACAUGCGCAAUCCUGUCGCCUAACGGUACUCCAUGCGCACUCCGCCGUUAAUGGAGAAAGUGCUUUCCUUUCGCGUCACACAGCAUUUGUCGCAUCCAACGACAAGUGCAGCGCAUUUUCCCCCGGAAAAAAACGAAAAAGCGGUGGAAAAACAGCAGGAAAAACCACAAGUGGUGGCUGCUUAACCGUUACCAAGCAUUAUGGCCAUAUUCGAAAGUAAAAAUGGCGCUAAUUGAGUUGUUGUUAUUUGCAAUGGUGGCCUGAAGCAGCAACAACAAAGCACCCACACCAGCAAAAAGGACUUUUGGCCCACACACACGCACUUGUAAAAGGAGAGUGUUAGAAAGAAAGCGGCAAUAUGGAGGACCUCUUUUUACUGGUUAUCAAGGAGUCAACUGGAACUAAACAUAAUGCACUGCGACAAACGGCGCAAAUCGCAUACGACAAACUCUACCGCCAGCAUGGAAUCCAUCGGGAUCCGUCGCACGAGCUACGCUCCGUUUGCUUUACCGCCCUGCAGAUGGCGCUGGACACGAAGCGGCCCAAGUUCAUCACGAUGGGACUCAACGGGCUCCAUCGCGUCAUCAAGGACGAGCGCUUCUACAUCGGCCUUGAGCCAGAGGACGAUUCCGUGUGGCUGCCAUCGCAGCUGCUGAGGGCCACCAACGGCAUCCUGCCGUCGACGAGCAGCGAGGACACGGUGGUCAAUGUGCUGCGCCUCUUCCUGGCGAUGGCCUGCUCCCCCGCCUGCACUCUGAACGGCCGCCUGCUCAUCGAGAUCCUGUCCAGAUGCGGCGAGUGCUGGGAGAUGGGCUCGCGGGCCACCAAGGCCGCGUCCUUGGCCGCCGCCUCCCAGUGCCUGCGCACCUUCUGCGCGUUCCUCAUCGAGGAGGCCGAGGAGGUGAAGAAGACGGCGCCCGCCGGCCUGAUGACGCAGACCCAGGCAUCCGCCGUCUACAACGAGGUCAUCCCGGUGAUGCAGUGGCUCUGCAGCCGACUGGUGGAGCCCAAUGUGAAUGCCUCGCCGAAUAAGAAGUGCGAGAACCACAGCUCGCUGUAUCUCACCGAAUGCAUCCUCACUUUGAGCUCAGCCCUGCCCCGGAAUGUCCAUGCCAAUCCGCACUUCACCUCGUUUCUCUGGCAGAAGUUCUGUCCCACUUUGGCGGCGGCACUGGGUUCACCCGGCAGGAUCAACCUGGACAAGAAGUUCACCUACAAGGACGCCCUACACAUGAUAGAGAACGAGGCACGUGGCUUCUUCACGGGUCCAGGCUUGGAUGGUCCGCAGGCCCGUUGCGUCUACUUGACGGCCAUCCAGUUACUCCGGAUCGCCGGAGCCCAUGGCUCCCUGCGUCCCAUGCUGGAGGCCCUAUUCCACCGGAUGCUCCUGCUGCCGGCUCCCCAAAAUCGCACAGAGCCACUCCGCUGCGUAAGGGAGAUCUUCAAGAGCCCGGAGCGACUGAUCGAUCUGGCCGUGAUUCUAUAUGUGGACAAGAACACCGCCCAGGGAUGCAGCGAUGAGAUGGCGUUGUUCCGGCUCUUGGUGGACGCCAUGGAGGAGUGCGCCUAUGGAGCCAGCGGCGUGGGCUCAGCCACGGAGGCCAGUCUGCAGGCCAGUGUGGAGUGCAUGGUGGCCCUGCUGGACAGCCUGCAGGUGCUGUGCAGCGGCGAGCUGACCGAGUCGAUGAUCAGCGACCAGAUCGUGCAGGUGGUGAACGGGCGGCACGACCUGCUCAAGGACGCGGACUACUCCGGGCCACUGACCUACCAGAGCAUGGCCCGUCUGCCGGCUCCCUAUCGCGAUGCCAUCGUGGAGUUCCGGCAGAACGUGUUCGAGACCUCGUCAGGAUCGGAGAGCGAGGGCGAGCCCCCGCACGAGCAGGAUGCGGCCUCCAAUGUCGGGGACACCGAGGGACCCGAGGACGACGACCCCAGCAGUUCCAGCGACGAGACGUCGCGCGUGGAGAACCGCUGGCCCUACUCGCACCUGGAGGCCCCCGUGAUGCCCAUUCGGACCGACAGCGACAAUGAUCGGCAGCAUGCCCGGGACUUUGCCCGGGCCUUGAGGCAGGAUCUGGUGCCGAAGCUGCUGCGUCUGCGCAGCUGCGUGGAACUGGACGAGGCGAUGCAGGAGUUCGCCUCGGCCGUCUGCCAGGAGAACAGCAUGAACUUCUCGGACUUCGACUACAACCUGACGGCCAUCAAUGCGGACGGGAUCUACCUGGCCAUCUACUCCUCGCUGCUGCUCAGCCUGCAGCUGAUGCGGGCCGGCUACUACGAGCAGGUGGCCCAGGGCAUGUCCCACAAGGACAUCCUGGUGCCCAUGUCGGAGCAGCAGUUCGUUACCUCCGUGCAGAAUACGGGCGUUCUCGUCUAUCUCUCCUCGCCGUGGCUGUGCGAGCUCUACCAGUCGGUGACCGUGUGCAAUAUCCUCGACGCCAUGCCGCGCCAACAGCUGGAGGGGAUGGGUCCGCGCUGCGCCCUCGUGGACAUGCUGUGCGAUGCCGGAGGACUGGGCGCCACCCAGAUGCUCUCCGAGUGGCAGCGCCUGCAGACGGCGAAUGUGAAGCACAAGGAGGAGGAGCAGCUGCACGACAAGCGCAGGGAGGCGGCCAAGAAGCUGUGCCGCCGCUUGCUCACCUGCUGCUGGGACUCGAUGGUCAUCGUGCUGAGUUCGGGGCUGGGGGAUCUGCAGACCAGUUCCGCCUCCAACAAACUGGUGGCCCUGUCCAAGCGAACACUGAGGGUUAAGGCCAAGGCGAAUAAGUCGAAUGGAGAGGCCCUGUAUGCCAUGUGCCUGGAUGGGUUGCAUUCGGCCGCCACGCUCAGCAACAGCUUGAAUCUGCAGCAUUUGGCCGGGAAGAUUCUCAACCUGCUGGCUUCCAAUGUCUGCCAGACCUCCGGGCCCCGCAUCUCCGCCAGUCAGGCCAUGUCCAUGGACGUGGUGCUGACCGGUGGCCUGAAUCUGGGGAGCUACAGUGCCGACUGCUGGCCAAGCAUCUUCGCCGUGUGCCGGCAUGUCAGCCAGCUGGAGCACGAGAUCUUCAGCAUGCAGAACCCGGCCAUUUCCGCCUCGCCGGGCAGCAGUCGCCGGGAUCUGGAGACGGGCGAGAAGCUGAGUAACGGCAAUGCCCAAGACAAGCUCAAUCUCUCCUCCAUACCCAUCGAUGACGAUGAGACUUGUGUGGACGUGUACAGCUUCCUGCAGGCACCGAUGCAGAGUCCCAACACGAACAUCACCUCCAUCCUGAAGGUCUACUCGGGAACCAACGAGACGGUGCUCCUCAGUCAGAGCGACACCUCCAAGGUGCUCUGCGCCCUGUCCCACCAGGCGGAGAACCUCUUUGGAGACGCCGCCGAAAGGCUCAGUCUGCCCUCGCUGUGCCAGUUCCUCAAGCACUUGUGCCGCGCCUCCAGGGAGCAGCUCUACAAGAGCCAGGUGGCGCGCAAGGGCAGCCGCAUCUGGUGGCCCAGCAAGGGCUGGAAGAAGCUGGACUCGCUGCCCAUGUCCCUGCUCCUCCACCGGAUCGGAGAUGUCACGCUCAAGGUGUUUCGCAGCUCGCGCCCGCUGCUGCACGUGCUCAAGGUCUGGGCCAUCACAGGACCGCAUCUGAUGGAUGCCGCCUGCCACCGCGACCGUAUGAUCUCGAAGCGGGCGAUCGAGUACAUCCACGACAUAAUUACCGCCCUUCUGGUGGAGCAGUCGGAGCUGCCGUACUUCCACUUCAACGAGGCGCUGCUGAAGCCGUUCGAGAAUCUGCUGAGCAUGGACACGGACGUGGACGUGCAGGACCAGAUUGUGGCCUGUCUGUACGAGGUGGUGGAGGCGCAUCGCACGGAGAUCCGCUCCGGGUGGCGACCUCUGUUCGGAACCCUUCGGAAUGCCCGCAGCCGGAUGCUGAACAUGAGCAACAUCAUCGACAUCUUCCGCGUCUUCCUCGACUCGGACAACACGCUGGUGUUCGCCAACGCGGGACUGGACUGCAUCCUGUGCCUGCUCUCCUACCUGGAGAUCUCCGGCGGGGGGAAUAACAAUGCCUGCUCCGGUGGAGGUGGAACUGCAGCUGGAGGAACGGGAUCGAGUGGCGCGGGUGGACAACAGGAGGAGGACAACACUUUUAGACCGACGGACUUCCUCCACGAGACCCUGCGGUUCCUGGAGCGCUGCUCUAGCAUCCUGGGCUUCAUGCACAGCAUGCCGAAGUGCCCCAACUUCCACUCGACGUACAAGAUCAAGGGCAUCUCCUACACGCACAUCAUCGACGCGAACAUACCCAGUUCGAUGGAGAACUUCACGUACUUCGGGAACGACUAUCUGCAGACGCGGAACGAGCAGUACAUGAUCUCCUACCGAUCGCUGCACAUCGACAAGGACACCAUCGUCAAGAUCGACGAGAUGGACAAGCCGUCGGGGGUGCUCAAAGUGUGGUUCCUGCUGCUCGACGGACUGACCAACUCGCUGAUCGUCUGCCCCUACUCCCACCAGGCGCCCAUCCUGCAGACGAUCUUCAAGCUGUUCAAGAACCUGCUCGCCAGCCCGGGCAUCGACUUCGGUUUCUAUUGCAUCAACCACCUGCUGGUGCCGAUGAUCCAGGACUGGCUGCGGUACAUCAACAAGACGGGCUCCUCCUGGCAGCUGGUGGAGAAGAACUUCAAGCACUGCUGCUGCAUGACCACCGACCUGGUGGUGGAGUUCAUCGAGAAGUCGGUGCCGGAGCAGCGACGUCUGGGGGCGGGCACCAAGACGCGAUUGGCGCAGAUAGUCCACCCGGCGGACAACCUACUGUACUCCAAGCUGAAGUUUGUAACGGAGAGGAUUGAGCGGGAGCAGCAGCAGCAGCAGCAGCAGUCGCUGCCUGUCCAGGAUCAGGGAUGUGGCUACAGCCAGCAGUACGACAGCAGUUCCAGCUCCGCCAGCGAGGAGCAGCAGAAGAACGGGGGAGGAGGAGGCGGAGGAGCAGGUGGCGGAUCUAAUCUUAUCGAAUCACCCACCAAGAUCUCGGGCUCGGCCACGCUGGCCCUGAAGCAGCUGCUCCUGGUCCUCAUCGAGUGUGCUGCCCAGUCGCAGGAGGCGAUUGCCAGGAUCUCGGUGUCCUGCCUCAAGCACGUGAUCCUCUCCACCGGCAUGCUCUUCAACGAGUCCCAGUGGAUGAUCGCCUGCUCGGCCAUCCAUCGCGCCUGCACCGUAACGAUUGCCCCACUGCGUCAGCUCUCGUUUGCCUUCCAUGAGAAAUCCAACAGCUUCUACGGCGAUUGUGCCAACGUGAAGGUGGCCGCCCGGCGGGACAGCAGCCUCGAGGAGCUGGCCAGGAUCUACGCGCUGGCGCAGCAGGUCUUCCUCUCGGACAAUCAGCGGGAACCGGGCCAGAAUCAGGCGCCCACGCCCAGUGCCUCGCAGUGCAAGUUGUCCGACGACAGGAGCUACUCCUUCCUCCUGUACCCACUGAACAACGGCUUCAACUCGAACCUGGACAACUUUGUGAUCCGGAUUCCGUUCAAGAACCUGGUGGUGGGCCUGCUGGCCAACCAGAUGCUGCUCCAGCUGGUGGCCAAGCUGCUGCUGUCGCGCUUGAAGUGUGUGCCCCAGGCGGUGUCCACCUGCAUCUUCGACAACUAUGCCGCUUCGGCGGCCUCGCCCAGUCACGACUACGACCUGGACUUCCGCUCCAAGGAGAUCCUGCUGCGCUGCGUCAAGCAGUACCUGAUGUCCGCCCUGGAGUUCGACUCGCGACCCGGCCUCAAGUUCCUCAUGCAGAAGGUGUCGAACAUUGAGUACGCGGCGAAUCUGUACAAGCAGAUGACCUCCUCGUGGAUGAUCUACUACAUUGCGCUGGUGGACUCGCAUCUCAACGACAUUGUGGUGUACAAUCUGGGUCCGGAGGACCUCAACUUCAUCCUGGAGUCCUGCUCCCGCCUGAAUACCACCACUGUGAAGAAGAAGGAGAACUUUGUGAGGUAUCUGUUCUGUCUGCAGGACGCCUGGAAUCUGGUGUGCGAGCUCUACCUGAGUAACUCUGCCCUCCAUGAGAUCGAGAGUGGAUCGGGCAAGCUGCGCCAGAAGCCACCGCAAUUGCACCACCAUGCGCAGAGCAAACCCAUGUGCAUCUCACUAAAUGGCAACGGAGAUGCCGAGAUGACGGAUACGGGUUCCGGAUCGGGUUCGGGAUCCGGUUCCGGGAGCAGCACCUCGCCCAGCAAGUGCGUCCAGCUGCAGGAGGAGGAGAACGUGACCAUGACCACGCUGAUCAGCGAGUUCCAACCGAAGUGCCGGAGCAAUCCGUUCGACACCAAUCGGCAGGCCAAGUCCUCGGAGGCGGAGUCCAUCUCCCCGGAAAUCGAACAGCAGCGGGCCAGCAGCAUCCUGAAGGACUCCAACUACAAGAGGGCCGCCUUGGCCCAGCUGGUGGUCGCCUCCAUGGAGCUACUGCGUUCGCUGCCCGGCGAGGCCGAGGAGAACCUCAAGCUCCUGAUGACCCCGACCAUUCGCGAGGCCUUCCGCCUCGUCCAGCUGCAGGGCAACGAGCUGAAGGUCAACCAGUUUUAGGCCAUGCUUGUUGAGUUUUAUUUUGAUCUGUAGGCGCAGCCCCUGCCCCUACCGAAGGAUCCUUCCUCCCCCUUCCAGAAGUCCCGCAAAAGUAAUCCCGAUCCCGCUCCUGCUCCUGAAUGGCUAACUUACAGCUACGUCUGCAUCUCAUGCUCUCUCUGUCUCACUCUAUAUAUCUGUCUCUCUCUGUCAGUGGAAGGUUAUUGCUUCAGUGCGGCCAACGAAUAUAUAUCGAAUAUAACGCGAAUAGAUCAAAUGAUAAAGCCUAAAAAUGUGUGAAUGUAGCCUAUGUCGUCGUAUAAUCAUAUCUAAUUAUGGUGUCUAAAUGAAUUUCCUUCGAAAACUUUAUGUAAUGCCUGUACUUCAUGACCUAAGAUUGUUUCAAUCGAAAACUUGCUAUCAGUAUUAUCUUCUUAGAUGAAAGAACAUUUUUCUAAGUAAAAUAUUCGUAAAAUGUAUUAAUAAUUAACUAAUGGAACAGGUACUACAAUAUAUAAUCAGACACAUCAAAGUUGUAAUUUUUAGAAAAUAUCAAGAUAUAUUUAAGCAGCUUGUAACGACGUUCUUAAUUCAUUUGUUUCUAUAAAUUCUACAAUAUUGUCAGGUUUUGUUUAUUUAAGUCGUUGUUUUAUGAAGUAUUCCAAAACUAAGAGUUAUAAUAACUUGUAUGCUUUACAUGCAACGUUGGCCACACUGCACGCAGACCCUCUAGCUGUCCCUCUCUCUCUCGCCGGCAGUCCCCAGCACAGCAGGCAAAACCAUUUCAAAGUAAAAGCUCAACAUGCCAGCACAAAAAAGCAAAACUAUCGAAAGUACAACAAGAACAAUGUUGCAAGGAUAUCAGUUAUAUAGGAUGUCAUCUUGCGAUUAGAGGAUGAUGAUGAUGAAGAUGACGAAGAAGCGUAGACAACGUAGUCCUGUACAUUAAAUUUAGUCAAGACUUUCUCACACUUAGCCCCUGCACCGCCCCCUGCCCCCCGCUCCCUUCUUCCCUCUAGCCUCAAAAACCACGCCCCCUAUCCCAGCACUUUUCGACUUCGAAUAUUGUAAAGAUGUAUCAGCGAGCACCUGCCCCGCCCUAAAAAUCAGUAUAUUAUAUAAAUCAGUAUAUAUAUAUAUAUAUAUAUUUAUAAAUUAAGAGUGUAAACUUAUAGCGAAUGUUAACUAACACAAAAUCAGUGCCGCCCAUUAAUCCACGAUUACCACCAUUAAAGAUUAGAUCACACAAGCAUACACAUAGAGCCUAUACUAAAAACAUAUGUGUGUCCAGUAGUCCCGCGCUGCCUUUAAAAAAUACUUGCAUACUUUUGUACCAGUGUGCGUACCUAAAAAAGAGAAAAAAUAUGGAAAAUAUCGAAAGCAAAAUAACCGAAACAAAUUCUAGCCACCUUGCUGCACUAUCGAAGCUUAUUAGCCUACAUUUUCACGCCCCCACACACACACACACACAUAUACACAUGCAUACCACAUAAUAUCAGGGAUCAGAAAAGAAAAUGGGGAAUAUUGAAAAAACUCUAGAUUCUCCUGUCUCUGUCCCACCAUCGAUUUGCCCGCGCUCCCAGCUAAUAGCUAUAGCGAUAAAGAUAACGAUACCGAUACCUACAGUUAUAUGCCUAUAUAAAGAUCUAAAGAGUUAUAUAUUGUACUUAUAUGUAUUAUAGUUGCCACUUGGGUAUAAAUGUUGUAAAUGUCUAACAAAGGAAACAUUUUUAUAUGUGAAAACUAUUAGCAACAGCGCUACAAAUCUAUACUAUAAAUAUAAUUAUAUACACAUAUACAUUUAUUUUCGCUUCGUCGUAUACAGUAUACAGUAUAUAAUAUAUAUAAUAUAUAGAGAACUAUGUACUUGUGUUAUUUACUUGCCCAUCAACUCUCUCAAUCUAUCUCUCUCUAUUGACUUGUAUGUGUAAGUGCGAAGAGUGCAGUUGCAGAGGCCCCGCAGAAAGUGUAGGAAGAAAAGAUCGCGAUCGCGCUAGGCUAGUACUAAAACUCUCCAAGAGUGCAUUUGUAACAUGAAUGAGAAUAAACGAUUCCACAAUGCUUUCGCAACUUUA